AUGACAUCCCACCUCGCCAAAUCAUCCCUCCUCCCCUCUAUAACCCGUACAGUCCUGAACACCACCAAGACAAGAGCAAGCACCGCAUUCCCGCGCCAACGCCAACCCCAAUUCACACGCCCAUUCACAAACACGCCAGUCACCAGAUCUACUGCCAAAAUGUCCACCUCCUCGUUGAUCUCCCUGGCUCAGAACAGACGCACAAUCUAUAAGCUAGGCAAAUCCGCACCGGUCCAGGACGCAGACUCCAAGAUCGAAGAACUGGUCAAUGAAGCCAUCCUGCACGUCCCUAGCUCUUUUAACACACAGUCGACCCGACUUGUUGUCCUCCUGCACGGCGAGCAUGACAAGCUGUGGGACAUUGCCAUCGAGGCCUUUGGCGGGCUUGUUGAGUCUGGCAAGGUUUCUAAGGAGAUGUGGGAGAAUCAGACUUUGCCCAAGUUGAAGGGGUUCCAGGCUGCUUAUGGAACGGUCCUCUUCUUCGAAGACCCAGCCCACAUCAAGCCCUUCCAGGAGAAAUUCGCCACAUUCAAAGAUCAUUUCGCGCCCUGGGCCGACCACUCCAAUGCCAUGCAUCAGUAUUUCCUCUGGACUGGUCUCGAAGCUCUGGGCUUCGGCGCCAACCUGCAACACUACAACCCGCUCAUUGAUGCGGGCGUUGCUAAGCAGUGGGAUCUGCCUAGUGAGUGGCGGCUUGUUGCGCAGAUGGUGUUUGGAAGUCCUGAGGCUGGGCCUGGAGAGAAGGUGCAGAAGCCUGUUGAGGAGAGGGUUAAGAUUUUUGGGAAGUUGUAG